AUGGCAGACAGGGGAGGGCGCAAACAGCAUGCGUACAACGUAACUCGGGGCAGCGCCUCAACAGAACAGUUCGCAAUCCGACGGAACUACAGUAAGGGGAACAGCACCCAAAGCAACUACAACAAUAGCAACAGCAACAACAGCAACAACAACAACAGCAUCAGCGACAACAACAGCAACAACAACAGUGCCAUUAUUACCCCGAACCAAGAACUGUGGAAUGCUCAGGCCAAUCAGCUCUCAUCCUUCUCGCAGCAACAGGCGUCGUUGAACAUGGCUGUUGGGGUCGAAUCGCUGUCUACAAGUGCGCCUCGAACCAGUCUUGAUGGCAUGCACUCGGUGGGAACAGCUCUUGAUGGCGUGCAUUCUGUGGGAAUAGGUCAAUUGUCCCCG